UGGAUCCUCAAGCCGUCGGAGGGAGCCAAGGGGGAAGGAAUCUGCAUCCUCGACGAGAUUGCGGCGAUCGAGGAGCACCUAGACAAGCAGGAGGCGCGGGCGGCGGAGGGCGAGACGGUCUCCUCGUGGGUCGUCCAGCGGUACAUCCACAACCCGCUCCUCCUCAGGGCCGGCCACCGCAAGUUUGACAUGCGCUGCUGGGUACUGCUUGCGCCCGACUACAGCAUCCACCUCUACCGCCACGGCGUGCUGCGCGUGGCGUCGGCGCCCUACCAGGCGGACAAUAUUGGCGACCGCUUCGCGCAUCUCACCAACCACUGCAUCGCUGCUGAGCAUGCCGAAUACGGGAAGUACGAGGCGACAAACGAGAUCUUCUACCCGGCGUUUGAUAAAGAGCUCAGCGAGCGCUACCCGGAGCUUGCGCUCGCCGCGAAAGGCACGGCGCUCUUUGGCGCGACGCCGAACGAAGACGACGAGGCGGGAUCGGUCCUGGAGACCGUUGUGCUCCCACAGAUCCGCCGCAUUGUCGUUCAGUCAAUCCUCGCGGUGCGCGACCGCCUCGAGACGGACGGAGAGUACUUUCAGCCGUUUCAGCUCUUUGGGUACGACUUUCUGCUGGACAAAGAGCUCAGGGUGUGGCUGUGCGAGAUCAACGCGUCGCCGGCUGUCGCCGAGGAGCUGCUCCCCGCGUGCGUCGAUGCCAUCAUCCGC